AUGUUGAGAAACAUCGUCUAUCUCAACGUCAAAGUCGUGGUGGUGUUUGCAACGGGGCAACCCGUCACCGACCUCAUGAGACAGGCCAUCGCCAGCAAUGUGGGGGGCAUUGUGUGGGUCGCCAGCGAAGCCUGGUCACUGAUUUCUCCAGAGUACGAGGAAUUCCUGGAACGGGAGCUUUCAAAAGAAGUCUUCAGCGUUCUUGCGAGCAGCCAGCAAUCAGGAAUCCUGCAACCAGCAGUGCAGCGGGAUCUCUGCAUCCGCUAUCCAGGACUUGACUCAACAUCAAGAUUUAGCGUUUACUCCGCAGUUUAUGCUGUCGCCCAUGCAUUGCAUCGGGUACUGAAGUGCGAUGAGAAAAUCUGCAAAAGAUCUGAGCCAGUUUUCCCUUAUCAGAUUCCUGUAGCUCUGGGUUCCCAGGAUUGUAUCCUGGGUUUUAAAAAGACGCUGUUUGGAACUCACACCUGUUUCUUCAACUGUGAGCCUUGCGCUGCUGGAACUUUUGUUAAUCAAAGUGACCCCUAUAACUGCCAGCCGUGUCCAGAGGACGAGUGGUCAGAUGAUGAAAGUGCAUUUUGCCAAAAACGCACCCUGGAAUACCUCGACUACAAUGAUCGUUUCUCCAUCGGGCUGCUGGUGUCCGCGGGUCUGAUAUGUACUCUCUCGGUGGCUACAGCCGUCGUCUUCGCAGUGCAGCAUGACACCCCCGUAGUGAAGUCUGCUGGGGGCAAGAUGUGCUUCUUCAUGCUGGGCUGCUUGGGCAUCUCUUGCCUGAGCAUCGGUUGUUUUAUCGGGGUGCCCACCACCUGGAAAUGCAUACUGAGAAACCCCGUCUUUGCUGUUUUUUUCACCGCUUGUCUUUGCUGUCUCUUAGUACGCACCUUCCAGGUAAUCUGCGUUUUCAAAAUAGCCACCAAGAUGCCCAAAGUUUAUGAGUUCUGGGUCAAGAAAAACGGUCAAUGGAUGUUUGUGACAGUAGCCGUGGGCCUCCAGAUCUUCCUGUGUGGUCUCUGGGUGGGCAUAGAGGGACCUCACCCCUUCAACAACACCCAAGCUGUCAGAGGACAGAUUAUCUAUGACUGCGGCAUGGGGAACAUGUUUGCUUUCACAGCGGUGAUCGCUUUCGUCGGCUUGCUCAGCAUGCUCUGUUUCGCUUGCUCCUACUUCGGGAAGGACCUCCCUAAAGACUACAACGAUGCAAAGUACGUGACCUACAGCUUGCUGGUCUUCUUUUUCACCUGGGAUGCGUACUUGACUGCUUACAUUGUCUACAGCGGAAAAUACAUUCCCGUGAUAAACGCCAUCUCAGUGCUGGCUAGCCUGGCCAGCAUCCUGGUGGGUUACUUCAUCCCCAAAUGUUACAUCAUCCUUUUUAAACCACAGUACAACACCACUGCACACUUUCAGACAUGCAUUCAGGACUACACUAAGACCAUUAGUAGUAAAUGAUGACCACUACUGCAUUAGAUAACGAGAGAUAUAGAGAUGAUUAAGC